GGGGGAUCCAACAUGGCGGCCGCGGCGACCCUGGCGAUGGCGGUGAAGCCCAUCAGAACGUAGUAGCGGGGAAGGGGACGCGGUCCGCACUCACCGUGGCGUCGGCGGAGACGGCUGAGGGUGGUGGAGGGAAGAAAAGCGACGGAGAGCAAGAGGAAGGGCGGGCAGGCACGCAGCGCGGCGUAGAAGCGAGCGCCGGCUCGAGCUAAAGCAGAGGGCCAGAACAGUGGGGAUGGCGGAGCCGCGCAGAGUAGCGUUCAUUAGCUUGUCACCGGUGCGGCGGCGCGAGGCCGAGUACCCGGGGCCCGAGCGCGAGCCCCAGUACCCCCGCGAACCCCCCCGGCUGGAGCCGCAGCCGUACCGCGAGCCGGCCCGGGCGGAGCCGCCGGCCCCGCGGGAGCCUGCCCCCCGCUCGGACGCGCAGCCCCCACCGCGGGAGAAGCCGCUCCCCCAGCGCGAGGUCAGCCGCGCCGAGCCGCCCAUGUCGCUGCAGCGCGAGCCCCCGCGGCCCGAGCCGCCGCCGCCGCUCCCGCAGCUGCCCUUGCAGCCGCCCCCGCCGCGGGAGUCGGCUUCCCGGGCUGAGCAGCCGCCGCGGCCGCCGAGGGAGACGGUGCGCCUGGAGCUGGUGCUCAAAGACCCCACCGACGAGAGCUGCGUGGAGUUCAGUUACCCGGAGCUGCUGCUGUGCGGAGAACAACGGAAGAAGCUCAUUCACACAGAAGACCCAUUUAAUGAUGAACAUCAGGAGAGGCAAGAGGUGGAAAUGUUGGCUAAGAAAUUUGAAAUGAAAUAUGGUGGGAAACCCCGUAAACACCGGAAGGAUCGGCUACAAGAUUUAAUUGAUAUAGGCUUUGGCUAUGAUGAGACAGAUCCAUUUAUUGAUAACUCAGAGGCUUAUGACGAAUUAGUUCCCGCUUCUCUAACAACAAAAUAUGGAGGCUUUUAUAUCAACACUGGCACUCUACAGUUUCGCCAAGCUUCAGAUACUGAAGAAGAUGAUAUUACAGACAACCAAAAGCACAAGCCACCCAAAGUCCCCAAAAUAAAAGAAGAUGAUAUUGAGAUGAAGAAGCGGAAGCGGAAAGAGGAAGGGGAAAAGGAGAAGAAGCCAAGGAAAAAAGUACCCAAACAACUGGGAGUUGUGGCUCUAAAUUCACACAAGUCUGAAAAAAAGAAGAAACGUUAUAAGGAUUCUCUUUCUCUGGCUGCCAUGAUCAGAAAAUUCCAGAAAGAGAAGGAUGCAUUAAAGAAGGAGUCUAACCCCAAAGUCCCAGUGACCUUGUCAACCCCCUCUCUAAAUAAACCCCCAUGUGCUGCUGCAGCACUGGGGAAUGAUGUCCCGGACUUAAAUCUGAGCAGCACUGAUCCAGACCUUCCCAUUUUUGUUAGCACAAAUGAACAUGAGCUGUUUCAGGAAGCUGAAAAUGCCCUAGAGAUGCUAGAUGAUUUCGACUUCGACAGAUUACUGGAUGCUGCUUCUGAUGGUAGCCCCCUAUCUGAAUCGGGGGGUGAAAAUGGAACCACCACCCAGCCAACCUACACUUCUCAGGUUAUGCCCAAAGUGGUACCUACACUCCCAGAGGGUCUACCUGUACUUCUUGAAAAACGUAUUGAAGACCUUCGUGUAGCUGCCAAACUUUUUGAUGAAGAAGGAAGGAAAAAAUUCUUUACACAGGAUAUGAAUAAUAUUCUUCUGGACAUUGAGUUACAGCUACAAGAACUAGGCCCCGUCAUUCGCAGUGGUGUCUACUCCCACCUUGAAGCUUUUGUGCCAUGCAAUAAAGAAACACUAGUAAAACGUCUAAAGAAGUUACAUCUCAAUGUCCAGGAUGAUCGUUUGAGAGAACCUCUGCAAAAACUGAAACUGGCUGUUAGCAAUGUCAUGCCUGAACAGCUAUUUAAAUACCAGGAGGACUGCCAGGCUCGUAGUCAAGCUAAGUGUGCCAAAUUGCAUACAGAUGAAGAACGUGAAAAAAAUGGAUCCGAAGAAGAUGAUGAUGAGAAACCAGGAAAACGUGUCAUAGGACCAAGAAAGAAAUUCCACUGGGAUGAUACCAUCAGAACUUUGUUAUGUAACCUUGUUGAGAUCAAAUUGGGAUGCUAUGAGUUAGAACCAAAUAAAAGCCAGUCUGCUGAAGAUUAUCUUAAGUCUUUUAUGGAGACAGAGGUGAAGCCCCUGUGGCCUAAGGGCUGGAUGCAGGCAAGAAUGCUUUUUAAGGAAAGCCGGAGUGUUCAUAAUCAUCUUACUUCUGCUCCGGCAAAGAAAAAGGUGAUUCCUGCACCUAAACCCAAAGUAAAGGAGGUGAUGGUAAAGACCCUUCCUCUCCAUUCUUUCCCUACUAUGCUUAAGGAGUAUAGUCCAAAAAAGGACCAGAAAACUCCGGCAUCCCUGGUGGCUUCAGUUAGCGGUCCUCCAACGAGCUCCAGCACAACUGCCGUUGCUGCAGCCAGCUCUAGCUCUGCACCAGCCCAAGAAACCAUCUGCCUCGACGACUCACUAGAUGAAGACCUUUCUUUCCAUUCACCUUCACUGGAUCUUGUUUCUGAAGCUUUAGCGGUUAUCAACAGCGGGAACAAGGGCCCUCCUGUUGGCUCAAGGAUAAGCAUGCCAACCACAAAGCCUCGUCCAGGACUGAGAGAAGAAAAAUUAGCUAGUAUCAUGAGUAAGCUGCCACUGGCUACUCCCAAAAAACUAGAUUCUACUCAGCCUACACAUUCUUCAAGUCUUAUUGCUGGUCACACAGGGCCAGUACCAAAGAAACCCCAGGAUUUAGCUCAUACUGGCAUCUCUUCAGGCCUUAUUGCUGGUUCUUCCAUUCAGAACCCUAAAGUUUCUUUAGAACCUUUGCCAGCCAGGCUACUUCAACAAGGACUUCAGAGGUCAAGCCAGAUUCACACUUCUUCCUCUUCACAGACCCACGUCUCCUCUUCUUCCCAAGCCCAAAUUGCUGCCUCUUCUCAUGCUCUGGGAACAUCCGAGGCCCAAGAUGCUUCUUCAUUAACACAAGUAACAAAGGUGCACCAGCAUUCAGCUGUCCAGCAGAACUAUGUGUCUCCAUUACAGGCCACCAUCAGUAAAUCCCAGACCAACCCUGUGGUGAAGUUAAGUAAUAAUCCCCAACUCUCCUGUCCCUCCUCGCUUAUUAAGACUUCAGAUAAGCCACUUAUGUACCGCCUUCCUUUAUCUACCCCCUCACCUGGAAAUGGUUCUCAAGGGUCCCACCCCCUGGUUUCUAGGACAGUACCUAGCACCACUACCUCCAGUAACUAUUUAGCCAAGGCUAUGGUGUCACAGAUCUCCACGCAGGGUUUCAAAUCUCCCUUCUCGAUGGCUGCCUCCCCAAAACUUGCCGCAUCUCCCAAGCCUGCCACAUCUCCUAAACCCCUGCCCUCGCCUAAGCCUUCUGCCUCACCCAAGCCCUCUCUGUCAGCUAAGCCUUCAGUAUCAACUAAACUUAUUUCUAAAUCCAACCCGACUCCCAAGCCUACUGUAUCCCCAAGUAGUUCCAGUCAAAAUGCACUAGUAGCCCAGAGUAGCCACUCCAGCACUAACAACCCGGUCCAUAAACAGCCCAGUGGAAUGAACAUCAGCAGACAGUCUCCCACCUUGAAUUUAUUGCCCUCUAAUCGCACUUCAGGCCUUCCAUCUACAAAAAAUCUUCAGGCCCCCUCAAAGCUAACAAACUCAUCAUCCACUGGAACUGUUGGGAAGAAUAGCUUGAGUGGAAUUGCAAUGAAUGUACCUGCCAGCAGAGGUAGCAACCUUAACUCAAGCGGAGCUAAUAGGACUAGUCUAUCUGGGGGAACAGGAAGUGGAACACAGGGUGCUACCAAACCAUUGUCUACUCCACAUAGACCAUCCACUGCCUCAGGGUCUUCAGUGGUAACAGCCAGUGUGCAGUCCACAGCAGGAGCAUCAUUAUUGGCUAAUGCCUCACCUCUGACUCUCAUGACAUCACCUUUGUCUGUAACAAAUCAAAAUGUGACUCCUUUUGGGAUGCUGGGUGGCCUUGUUCCAGUGACCAUGCCCUUCCCGUUUCCCUUGGAGAUAUUUGGCUUUGGAACGGACACAGCUGGAGUGACAACCACCUCGGGAUCUACCUCAGCCGCUUUCCACCAUAGCCUAACUCAGAAUUUACUCAAGGGUUUACAGCCAGGAGGAGCCCAGCAUGCAGCAGCGCUUUCCCACUCACCUCUGCCUGCACACUCACAGCAAGCAUUUCACGAUGGAGGCCAAAGUAAAGGGGACACUAAAUUACCACGGAAAUCUCAGUGACUGCCCAGCAAGCAAAGGAGACGAAAUGUUUAGUUGACUGAUGGAAUCUACCUGAUGGGAAAGUACUUAUGUGGUCAUAGGGCUGCUGUUUCUGUCGAUGUUUACAUUCUCUCGUCCCAAGCACUGUGGUGAGGAGGAAAAAGAAAAGAAAACAUUACUUGAGCAAAGCCAGGUGCAGGAGGAAGAAAUGCUUUUGUGCAAAGUUAGUGACCUUUGGUCUCUUCUAAAGAAUGACAAAGUUACCGUAUUAAUAGACUUGAAAGAGACUCAGUUGUCAAACCCACAGAAAUACAAAUUUGAUUUUUCCCGGGGGAGGAAGAAGGAAGUCAAGAGAAUUUGGGUAAACUCCAUCCAUCCUGGGGGUUAGAUCUGAACACUUAAUAGACAUAAUUGCUAAUAAAAGGCAUUAAAAACUGGAAUUAGGCCAGUUUGUCAGGAAUAAUGAUCAUGUCUAUUUGAGUGGACUGUGUAGCAAAUUUGCCACCAAAAAUAAUAGUGAUUCUAUCUCCGAUAUACAGUAGCUGAAGAAAUACCAUACCCUCUAAAAUCCUGAACAAACUUGAAUCUUCUCCAGUGUGUAGCAACUCCCCUAAAUCAGUGGACUAAAGAUCCUUCAGGAAAGUUAUUUUAGCACAGUGAUAUAUAUUAUUAAAUCAUCUAGAUUUUUAAAAAUCAGGAAGUUGAGCCUGUUGCUCUUAAGAGAUGAAACCUAGAUGUCCCCUUUUUGUAAAAGGGUCAAUUUCAUCUUCCAUUCAGAAGCAGGUACUUAACUCUUUUCUUCAGGUGAUUUGUGCAUCUAGUAUUGACUGGUUAAUUCUUAUUUCCAUUCUUGAUGUUAAAAUGUGACUGUGUUCACAUUUUUCUCUUGAGAAAUGGGGAUCUUUACAGGGUUAUUGCUUUGCUGCUAUUAGCCCUUGCAGCAACAUAAACUCUUAAGUUUCCCCAAUUCAUCUAACUUCACAACUUCUCCUUCUGUUCUUUUAGCUAGUGGUCCUUCAGGUGAUUAUUAGCUAUUGGUAUAAACAGGUAGAAGUGUACACUAUGUUUCUUCAUUGGUCAUUCAAAUGGCAUGAAUAUAGUUUUCGAAUUUUUAAGAUGGUAUUUUAAAGGGAGGAAUCACAUUAGGAUCACAAUCACAGUGUAUUUUUACUCCUUGUAUCCAGUGUAGUGAAAUUGUUUGGAGCAUUUGAGAUCCUAAAGCUUUACUAAUAUUUACUCAGUGUAUUGAUAUGUGAGUAAAUCUGCAGAAAAUAAGACUCCUUAGUUAUUAUAGCUUCCUUAUGCAAAUAGCAUAUUCAACAAAGGAUGUUAAGGGAAAAAUUUAUGGUUCUCCUUGGAUGCAUUUGAUUUGAUUUUUUUUUUUUUUUUGGCUGUAUUAUUCUAGUUUUUUAAGCUCUGUAUUUUCAAACUAUAUCAGAGAAUGGUGUAAACUCUAAAUGGUAUAAGCUUGAUCCAUUUAUAAUGACACACUAACCUAAAAAAAUCAAUAGACUGGUAGUGGCAACAUUUCUUGCAUAUGUGUUUAUUACACAUUACCCUAUACCAUUAGAUUACUCAAUUAAGAGUAUUAACGAGGCCCUUUUUCUUUUAUACGCAAAAGUCCCAGAUAUCCUACAGGACUGUGAAUAAAUAACCACAGAUCUGUUUAGAUCUGUAUGCCUAUAUUUUGACUUCAAAGUCACAUUGGCUUGCUUCUUAGCAAAAAAGUUAAUAAAUAACUGAAAACUUUAGUUCCAAGAACUUGUUACAGUAAAGGGAAAGGAUUAUUUCAAAGGAAUCACUAAUAUAAUUUCUUGACUCUAAGAAUUUAGUUUAUCAAUAAAACAAAUAUGGAUAUAGUAUGAACCCCAGUAGAUAUUUUGGAAGGAUACUGGAAGGAUGUCGCAGAGAGGUUUGACUUGAAUUCAGUAUGUCUGAUGAAGAUUUGCUUGGUUUCAGUUAGGGAAGCUUGCCCAAUUUUUUUACUUUUUCAGAUGUAGUGGACCUCUUGCUUUUAUGAAAAUUGAAUAAAAAGGUCUUUGCUUAAUACUAGGGGAAGUGAUGAGAUUUUCCUUUGGGAAGGUAACUUGUUUUACUUCUCAUACCACAAGAGAAGUCAAAGUACAUAUUAAUCUCUCUUCCGGAAUACUUGUAUGUAUGUGUGUAUGUAUAUAUAUAUACACAUACACACAUAUAUUCAUAUAAAUGACUAGUUUGAGUCAAAAAAUCAUUUGAAUUUCUUAAAACCAUCAAUUCUGAAUCAUGCCAUGUGAAGAUCCCUGGUGACUCUCAUCAUUAGAAAAGAACAGGAUAAUCAGUUCUUUUCCCUGUAACGUUUUAUACUAACCAGUAAAAAUAUCUGAAGGCCCUUGGCUCCAAGAAUAUAAUAUGGAGAUUCUUCUGUGUUCUCUUUAGUCUUGAUUCCUUGAGGACUGCUGUCAGAUCCCUACUUUAAACCCCCAUCUGCACUGACAACUUACAUUCAUUUCAGUCAGGACCCCUCUUUUAUGUUGUAUGAAUCAGUCAAACAUCCUUGUAUUUCUGUAUAGAUAAAGUAUGAUCAGAGAGUUUCUACAUGUAAAUACUAAUCUAUUUCUUUUCUAGAUCAUAACAUUGAAAAAGGUGCCCAUACUUUAUGGUCACCUGUCUUUACCGUUUUUAUUACUAAAAACAAACAUAUAAAUUGGUUAUUUUUUAGCACAGAGACUUGUGACUCAUACUGUAUUUUUGCACUUAAAAAUCAAAUUAUGUUAUUUUUUAAAAUGGUGAGUCAUUGGAAAGGAUAUCUAUAGAGCAACGUGUAUUUCUGAAGAGCAUUAGCAACAUCCAAAUGCAAAAAUAAUCAGCACACAUGAUUAUAUCCCACUCCUCGGGAUUCUUGAUUCAGGAAGAUUAAGCUGUUUGUUUUCAACUGUUUUAUAUUUUAAAUUGCCUUCACUGAUAUAUAAGCUGUUACUGUACAUACAAGUUAAUCCUCAGUAUUCACAAGCAAUAACAGUCAGCAGAGUUGUCCUUGGAGAUAGCUGUGCUGAGCCUCAGUUGGAGACUGGGAGCAAAGUGUCAAGCUCAUUCAGAGCAUCCAGAAUAAAUGCAAGCAAUAAUUUCCACUAUAAGUCAAUUAUAAUUCUUGUAUGCUUUUGAGGUCGGAGGGUAAAUGAAAUCAUGAUUUCAAAACAGCCUGAAGGAAAAGGUUUUGGGAAAGGAAAUGAGGCUAAUUCGUAGUCAUAAAAUUCUAAUACUUUGCGGGAAUUGGAAGAUGGUGAUAGUGCAUUCUUUCGUGCCCACCACCCCUCUGAUGGAUGUUGUUAGCCCAAAUUACAUUGUUCAUAUCAUGGACAUUGAAUAGGGUUUAUUGAAUCACGAAGGUAAGGGGAAGAACCGGGCACAUAUGUGUUGGAAUACUGUGGGUUUGACACCUGGUUGAAAACAACUUAUUGGACAUGAUUUUUAACCCAGGAUAUUUUUUUCCCAAAGCAGAUCUAAAUUGUUUACUACCCAGGGUUGGAAAGGGCAGGCACCUCUAAUCUAGUCUUUCUCCUCUGGUUGCCCUCUCCCACACCCCUUUCCACCUAUACUUGGUUCAAGAUAUUUUCUGAAACAAAAAUUCUACUGUUAUUCAAACUGCCAUUGGUUAUGAGAACUCUGUGUCCUUUGGGAUCAUCUCUUAGAACUCCAGUGAUCUAUCAUAUUUGCUGCUACAUUUGUAAAAUGAACUUUGCCUGUAUUGGUUGACUUUAAUCUAAUUUACAGUUCUUUAUUUCUAGGAUGUUCUGUCCUCUAAUUUGACUCAUGUAUAGAAUUAGGAUACUUUAUUUUAGGAGUGUACCAUAAAAGCACACUGGUCCCUAUGUUGUUUUUAUUAUUUAGGUUUGGAAUUUGUUUGCUUUUUUGUUUUUUGUUUUGUUUUUUUAAAGUUGGAAAUAGAAGAAUGAGAAAAAUCUAUAAUCAGGCCAAACUUGAGAACUGUCCUGUGCUUCAGCACUGUAAUUCUGCUGACCUAAUGUUCUCAAAAGGGCACUUUUACUUUCUGUUGUGCAUGUAUGAUUGUUGUUUUUUGCUUUUGGGGGGGCUUUUGUGUUUGUAAUAAUGAAGCAGAAGAAAAGUGCAGUAGUAGAUAAAUGACUGAUCACAAACAUGUUAUGCAAUUUUAUUUUAUAAAAUUUUAAGGGGAAAAGUUUAACUCUUUGUAAAUCAUUUCUUAGCUCUGGUAAAAUGCUUAUAUUACUCCUCUAAAACAUGCUCAAUUCAGGCCUU